AUGAGCGGUACUUACAAAUUCUACACUCUCCCAGAAGUCUCUGCUCGUAAGGACUUCUCCGUCCUCAAAAUCAAGGAGGGUCCCAUUCCCAAGCCGGAAGCCAACGAGGUGCUCAUCAAGGUUCACGCCGUCUCGCUCAACUACAGAGACCUGGUCAUUUCUAAAGGACUCUACCCCUUGGACCUCAAGAAGGAUGAGCUCAUUCCUGCCUCGGACGGCGCUGGAGAGAUUGUCUCUGUUGGCAGUAAGGUGACCAAGUGGAAGCAGGGAGAUCGUGUUGCUGGUAUCUUUACCCAGGCGCAGCAGAGUGGCUCAACUCCUAACAAGGACGAGAUCAAGACGGCCUUGGGUGGCGCCAUCAAUGGCAUGCUUGCUCAAUAUGUCGCUCUACCAGAGACCGGUGUGGUCCGUAUUCCUUCUCACCUUUCGUACGAGGAGGCGGCUACACUUCCUUGCGCUGCUGUGACUGCUUACAACGCGCUAUACGGUAUCCCUUCCGAGCAGCUCCGCGCCGGUGACACUGUUGUUGCUCAGGGUACUGGUGGCGUCAGCGUGUUCGCUCUUCAGCUUGCCGUGGCAGCUGGUGCCAAGGUGAUCAUCACCUCGUCUUCGGACGAUAAGCUGAAAAAGGCAGUCAACCUUGUCCCUCAAUCGCUCCGAUACCUUGUCACCACUGUCAACUACAAGAACAACCCCGACUGGGACAAGGUCGUGCUCGAGGUCACUCAAGGACGCGGUGCUGAUCACAUUGUCGAGGUUGGAGGGGCCGGCACUCUCGAAAAGUCGUUCAAUUCGGUCAAGCGAGGCGGUGUUGUCUCGACCAUCGGCUUUGUCGCUCAGGGCGAGGCACCCAACGUUGCUCUGCUGGCUCUCAGCACUGGCGCCUACUUCAAGGGUAUCCUUGUUGGUUCGCGUGCCCAGUUUGAGCACAUGAACCAGAUCUUCGAAGACCACAAGAUCAAGCCUUUGGUCGACAAAGUAUUUGACUUUGAGCAGGCUCAGGAGGCUUAUGCCUAUCAAUGGAGCCAGGCUCACGUCGGCAAGGUCGUCAUUCGCGUUUCUUAG